UGAGAGCGCGGCUGCUUUGAGGGCGCUGAAGCCGUACGGUGUGGGGACUAGGGCUGGCAAGAGGGUGGGAAAACCGGCGAGAGAGGAGGGCGGUGCCGGGGAAGGGCCGUGCCGGGGAAGGGCGGCGCGUGGCUGACUCAUCCUUCUGGAAGAUCAGACUGACAGACACAAACCCUUGCUGAACCCGCCCGCCCGCGCCGCUCCUCUUUGGUUGGGAGGCGCCCGCCCGCACCGCCCGCCCGCCUUCUCCGGGAGCGCUCUCCCGGCCCAGCCGCCUCAGAGAAAGUUUUUGUCGUCGGGAGGGACCGGAGGCGCCGCGAGCCUUUGGGAAGGGAAGGAGGACUGAAGAGGAGGCUCCAGUCGCGCGGGCCCGGCGAGUGCAUGGUUCCCGGCGCCUCGGCUGCCUGUCAGGAGGACAUCGGGGCGGGGUCGGGCUGAGACCAGCUCCUUCUUCCCGCGGGCUCGCCAGAAAUCGCCCUGCCGGACUGCCGCGGGGCGUCCCCGCUCCUCAGCCCGCCAUGUCCCGGCUGCUGCCGCUGCUGAGGAGCCGGACCGCGCGCAGCCUGAGGCCGGGCCCUGCCGCCGCGCCCCGCCCGCCGUUCUGGUGCUGCUGCGGGCGGGGGCUGCUGGCGCUCGCGGCCCCGGGCGGCCCCCGGGAGCUGGGCACCCACCCCAAGAAGGAGCCCAUGGAGGCGCUGAACACGGCGCAGGGCGCGCGCGACUUCAUCUACAGCCUGCACUCCAGCGAGAGGAGCUGCCUGCUCAAGGAGCUGCACCGCUUCGAGUCCAUUGCCAUCGCCCAAGAAAAAUUGGAAGCUCUACCACCUACCCCAGGACAGCUGAGAUAUGUAUUCAUCCACAAUGCGAUACCUUUCAUAGGGUUUGGCUUUUUGGAUAAUGCAAUUAUGAUUGUUGCAGGAACCCAUAUUGAGUUAUCUAUUGGAGUUAUUUUGGGAAUUUCAACUAUGGCAGCUGCUGCUUUGGGAAACCUUGUGUCAGAUUUAGCUGGUCUUGGACUUGCAGGCUACGUUGAAGCUUUGGCUUCCAGGUUAGGCCUAUCAAUUCCUGAUCUCACACCAAAGCAAGUUGACAUGUGGCAAACACGUGUUAGUACACAUUUGGGCAAAGCUGUUGGGGUGACUAUUGGCUGCAUUCUAGGAAUGUUUCCUUUGAUUUUCUUUGGAGGAGGUGAAGAUGAUGAAAAACUGGAAAAGAAAAAUUAACUCUCUUAGGAUACCUAUAAAAAGAUGUAAACUAAUGUACCUCAAUUAUUAAAUAUGCUGUCACAACAUUUAGGAAUUAAGACAGUAACAGUGCAUAGAUAUGGGAUCAACUAAUUCAGCAUGUAUUAUGGAAAACAUUAACUUAUUGUGGCUUGGUUUUCUUAGGACAUCUUUUUAAAAAAACUUUUGUGUAAAUUGUUGAAAUGCUUUUUCAUCAAUGGCAGUCAACAUUUUACCUUUUCUUUUUCUUUCUUUAUAUACCAAAAUAUCAUUUAAGUAUCAGUCAUUGAUGUGCUGUGCUGACUUGGCGUUUGCCUAUUUGUUACUUACCACGUGUACAUGCAUGAAAGCAUUUUCUGUUGUUGUUCCCUUAUAGUUACAAUUCAACCUUAAGAUUUUUUCCAAAUUACUUAAGAUGUUUAACAUCAGUUAAAGAUUUUUUUUUACUCUUUUUGGCUACAUCAAUUUUGUACUGUUUCACAGUAAACAUUUACAAUCGUAUAAUUUCAGUCAUUUAAAAAAAACUCUCACAUCUAUUCAAAAUGGACAGAGACUUUAAAUAUUUUAAGUACCUAUCACUCAUUUUAAUUUUCAGACCUUAUUGUCUCAAGAGCCGGAGAUUAAUCAGGAUGAACAAUUAUGUGGUCUCCCUACUACAUAAAACCAUAUAUGUUAACAAGUGUAUUAUUUUGAGUUGGUUUUUUUACCAAUUUAAUUUCUCAGUUUUGAAUAAUUACAUAGUGAUUUCUGACUCCUAAGGGAAAGUCAUUAUUUUAGAGUAUUUUUAAUGGGGAUUGUGGAAUUAAGGUGUGAACUAAGGGGUUUGACAUGACACUUGGAAAAUUAAGAGGGAAAAAAAAUUUUUUUUCACAGAAGUAUAAAAUGGAAACUGUCAAGAAGGUUUAUGGUAUGAGUGGUGAAGUUGAGGUGAUAUUUGUAAGGUUAAUAAAAUACAAAUAAUACUGUUUGGGAAGGCUUUUCUCCCCCCCAAAUGUCUUCUCAUCUGAAUUGAAUGAGUUUGAGUACUCAUAAUUUUGACAUUGUUGUAUCUUCUUUAGCGGAUUUUAUUUCUGGAUAACUUCUUUUGAGGUGAAAAAUAAAUAUUUUAUGUUUUGCUUUUUGCUAUAUAUAGCCUAGUGGUCAAAAGACAUAUGAGGAGAAAUUCUUUCUCCCUUUUUUGGUCCCUUUUCUUUUUUUGUGGUGUUUAAAUCAUAUUUUAGAUUGAAGUUACUUAUGUCCAGUCUUGUGUAUCUGAUUUAGGCAUAGAUAGGAUUCAUAUCUAUACUUGUGAAUCAUAAAUUUUAAUUUUAUGAACCCUUAAAGUUUGUUAGCAUGUGGUCUGUUACGCAGGCUAAAAAAUUACUCUUAAUUGUAAGAGUAGUUGAACACAUCAUGGAGGAGAAAAACAGAAAUUAAAGUUACUAUUUGGGCCACUGAAAUUAUUUAUUUUGCUAAAUAGAUGCAAAAGAAGGGAAACUUAAAGAUGGCUCUAUUUACAGCUACCUUAUUUUUAAAGUUUUAUUUGCACAUAUUUACUUUGAGGUCUUAUUUUCAGAGGAGCUGUUUUUUCUCA